ACGCAGAGCUUCCCACUCGCCAUUCAAAAUAGAAAGCUCGCUACAAUUUGGCUCCUUCGAUUGGGGGAAAAAAAUUGGAUUUUGAAUGGAAAACAAACAGUCCAGUUCUCCGGCAAGCUUCGUUGAUUCGACAGUGGUUCCUGGGGAUGUGGUGCUCGACCUCUCCUCCAUGACCAGCCAGACCAUCAAACUAGGUGGUGGUCUCCGUCAGGAUUGUGAUGCUAUUUCUGCUAUGAAGGCCGGAACACUUAGGUUCUCGAAACCAAAUAAAUACUGGAUUGAAAGUUCGCAAAAAAGGUAUGUGCCUUGCGUGGAAGAUACUAUCCUUGGUAUUGUGGUGGACUCUAAAGCAGAUAAUUUUCUGAUUGACAUCAAAGGACCUGCAAUGGGUUUUUUGCCUGUGCUUGCCUUUGAGGGGGGGACCAGGAGGAAUAUACCAAAGUUUGAGGUUGGUACUCUUCUUUAUCUUCGGGUUGUGAAGGCAAACUUUGGCAUGAACCCUGAAUUGUCCUGCACUGAUGCCAGUGGAAAAGCUGCUGAAUUUGGCCCCCUCAAAGAUGGAUACAUGUUUGAAACUUCAACUGGCCUGUCGAGAAAGCUGUUAAGUUCACCAACAUGUCCGGUUCUUGAGGCUCUUGGCAAGAAACUCUCCUUUGAAAUAGCUGUUGGCUUAAAUGGCCGGGUUUGGGUGAAUGCUGCCUCUCCAGACACCAUUGUUGUUGUUGCUAAUGCAAUCAUGAACUCGGAAUCCCUAAGUGGAGCACAACAGAUAAUUAUGGUGGAUCAUUUACUUAAGAACAUUCAAUGAUGAGUUGGGAAAUUUUAUGGAUAACUUCUAAUCUGUGCUGUAUGAUCUGAUGGACUCACUGGUCGUCGUGUUGCUACGAGAGACAAAAAAAUGAACAGCGAGUCAAAGUUAUUGGCCUUAUAUGCAUAAGAUGAACAUGUAAAGAUCAUUUGGCCUUGUUCAAUUGCAAUCAUGAUUGCAAUAUCUUGAAUGUUGGCAUGUGUUUCGCUUUAUUGAGUAUUCCUCUAUAGAACUUUGAAUUAUCCUAGAAGGUAGCUGAGAAACACAAAAAGGCAGUGGUGUAUUUCAUUUGCUAUAAAAUCCAUUUCUCUUUCUAUUGAAAA